AUGAGCGCCCAAGCCAAAACGGGUGAGACCCGCGAGAAGAUUCCCACCAAGGUCGUCAAACCAUCACAGCCCAGCGACAGCAGCGAAUCGUCCUCGGAAUCAGAGYCUGACGACAACUACGACUCCGAUCUCGUAUCAGACGAUGAUGACUCUGGAGAUCAUGAUGCCAAGAUUUUGUCUCAAUAUCGCCAUCUGCUCUCACGAAGAGUAGACUUGGUGGGCGACUAUGCCGGAGACGAACUCUUCUUGAUCGAAGGAGACUCACUUCUUCUGAGAUGCUUUGCAGACGACAAGCUAGAUUUCGACAAUGGAUUCCAACUUCUGCACGCCACAUACAACGUCGAGCACUUUCUGCAAAACCUGGUUCAGAGGAAGUGUCAUUUCAACAUCACAUUCUUCAACAGCAACCGAGAGCUCUGCCUCCCGCCUUCAGCGUCUGCACAAAAUGCAAACAAGUUCUUCCUUGCCCGCGCGGCCAUUAUUCGCCACCUCCAGCAGAACCUCGCAAAAUCGCAUCCCAGCAUCCAUGUUGAUGUUUUCGAGGCAUGGGACUCAUCUGAGUUCUCCAAGCAUCUCCAGACUACCUCACCUUACUUCAUCAUGGCACACGAUGGAGCUUUGGCAAACAACCACAACUCGAACCUCAUUCAGGAGGAUCGACACGCAAAUGGGGAUUCCAAGGCCCCUGCUCCCAGCCCGAACCGAGUGCCGUUCAGGGAGAUGAUACUCUCGUUCAUUGAUCGUGGUUUCAAUGUCAGCUUGCUUAAUGGGCUUGAAUGGCUAGACGCCAAGGUCAUGACCAUGGUCCUUGAAGCUCGCAACAGAGCCCCGGGUGUGACAUCAGAGACCACAUUCACAUCAAGAGCCGGCUCUGUGCCCGCUCAGGAUGUAUCUGCGCAGCUUCAGAAGCUUGACCCGUCAAGCCUCACCGAGAGGCAGAUCCUGGCGGUCGUCACUGUUGUCAAGCUCCUGAGUGCAUCCGCUUCAGACGUGCAGCAAAAGGCGCGCUUGUGCGCAGCUUUCCUGCUACACCAAGCGUUGCUCACCACGCUGCCUCUGACCGCGCGACGCGUUGAGGCGUCCGCCGGUGUCCAGGGUGCCCAGGCCCUGAUGAACGCAGUUUCAUCCACAGCUGAAUCGAUCCUCAACAGUCCAUCCUGGGCUUCUUCCCUAUCCGGAAGCACUGCUGGAUGCGAUAUCAUGGACUUUGUCGAUGGUCGUUUGCUAUUGCAGACCAUUGAGUCUCACCCCAAAGUAAGCAACGAGACUAAAGCAGUCUUCGAUGAGCUUGUGAAGGCGGUGGAGGUUCUGGCGACUACAGACGGUAUCAGCUUCGAAGAUGCAUCGGGGGGCACGGUAUCAUCUGCAUCCGACUCAAGCACCACCAACGAAAAGGGUCCCCAAGAUGAUCUCGCGGUCCUACCAUUUUCCAACAAGGUGUUCGACAAGCACCUUCAGUCCAUCCAUAUCGAGGUCGAUGAGGCCGCUGGUGGUGAGCGCAGCUUGACAUCGCGCAAAAUCUUCCAAGRGGUGACACAUUGGCACAACGCCAAGAAGCCAUUGAUUGUGAAGGCUCCUCUGACUCCCAAGGAGAUCAGAGAAGCCUCCAAGGCUGCCAAGCGCAAUCAGCUUUUCAUGGCCGAAAUGCGAACAUAUGCAGCGUCAUUGACCAACGCAGUUGGUAAGAGCUUGGAACCAGAGAGCAUCAUCGUUGGCAUACCGCGUCAGUCAACUCAGGCAAAGGCGAAUGUACCAUCAUCGCCAGCCGACUCGGAUGCAUCCGACAGCGGGGCAUCUACUCAGAGUAAAGGCAAACCUGGUGCCAAAAAGGGUGGCGGUGGCAAGACUGCUGCUAAGAAUGCCGGAAAGCAGGCCAUGCUGAAUCAAAUCGCAGCCAACAAAGCUAAGAAGGAUGAGAGUGCAGGUGACAAGAUUGCCGGCGCAUGGCAGGUUGCAUGCAAAGGCUUCGAGGCAGAUGUGGAUCCCCGAACCCGAUACCGCAAGGCCAAAGAUUACCUCACCAACCUCAAGCCUGAGUAUAAGGAGGUGGUUGGUCCUGAAUGCGAAUUGUACCUGCUCAGCUGUCUUUUGCAAUACUGGAUCGCCGCUUGUCGCCAGAAAGAACAGGCGAACCGCAUUCAAGUCGCAGCCCUCAUCUGGUCUCACACCCGAAGCAUUGCCCAGCGUGGACCACUUACGAAGACGAUUAUCAAAUCUCUCGACCAAACCGUCAAGGCGCUGAACCUACCGCCGAUGCCYCCCACUACAGAGGCCGCGGCAGACCGAAAGCUGGCAUUUACAUUUGCCCUGCCAACCAAGGUGGAAUCUCUGUCGAUCGGGCUGUCGUCCAAGGACUUCCAGCUCCUUCAGUGCGGUCCUUAUCUUGAGAGAUCGUUUGACUCGCAGCCAGACCCUCGAGUGGACUUCCAGCCUGAUGGAUGGCAGCGAAAAGUUCUCGACACCAUCGACGCAGAUCAGAGUGUUUUCGUCGUUGCACCUACAUCCUCGGGUAAGACAUUCAUCUCCUUUUAUGCGAUGCGAAAGGUUCUUGAAGCCGACGAUGACGGCGUUCUGGUCUAUGUGGCGCCUACGAAGGCACUGGUCAACCAGAUUGCCGCAGAAAUUCAAGCUCGCUACAGCAAAAAGUYCAAGUACGGCGGAAAGUCAGUCUGGGCAAUCCACACUCGCGACUACCGUAUCAACAGCCCGAACGGAUGUCAGGUGUUGGUCACUGUGCCACACGUGCUCCAGAUCAUGCUUCUCGCACCAUCCAACGCGAAUUCGUGGUCAAGCAGAGUUCGAAGAAUCAUCUUCGAUGAAAUUCAUUCCAUUGGAAAUGCUGAAGAUGGUGUGGUCUGGGAGCAGCUGUUACUGAUGGCCCCUUGCCCCAUCAUCGCCUUGUCUGCCACUGUUGGUAACCCUGGCGAAUUCAGUGGAUGGCUGGCGACCACGCAAGAAGCAAUUGGCAAGAAGCUCAUCACCGUCCAACACCCAUACCGUUAUUCGGAUCUGCGGAAAUACUUCUAUCUGGAACCGAAGCGCUUCGACUUCCAGGGCGUCCCAGGCAAGUCUGCGUUUGGGUCUCUUGGCCUUGAAGGUCUCAAAGGCUUCAACUACGUACAUCCAGUCGCUGGACUUGUUGAUAAGAGUCGAGGCAUUCCUGAAGAUCUUGCACUCGAGGCUAGAGACUGCUUGUAUCUCUACAAUGCUAUGAAGAAGGUCCAGACUGAGGACUUCCCUGUGUCGGCCGCAUUAGGACCAGACAAGAUGCUUCCAGAUGUUUCUCGGAAGGUCGACAUCCUGAAGUGGGAGAAGGAACUGAAGGUGCUUCUCCAACAGUGGCUCGAUGACAUCAAGUCGCCAUUCGAUUCGUUGCUGGCUGAACUCGAGGGCAGCUUCAGGAACGACGAUCAUGAAGAAUUGUACACGACGGCCGUUGGCAAUACCAACAAACCUGGUAAGGAAGUCACGGGAGACCUCCUCAAGUCAACCCUCCCAAUGCUGUGUCGACUCCAGGAACAGGACGCGCUACCAGCAAUCUGCUUCAACUACGAUCGACACAUGUGUGAGAAGAUCUACAAGGCCGUGGUUGAUCAACUUCAGGAGGCUGAAACCAAGCAGAAAAAGAGCGGGACCAAGUGGGAAAAGACUCUUGAGAAGUUUGAGGAGUGGAAAGAGCUGAAGGCCAAAGCCACUUCCCGAGCCUCAAAAGCGGCACAAAAGAAGCCAUCCAAGAAGUCCAAGGGCGAUGACGAUGAUGGCGAAGACGACAAGGCUUCGAAACUCGAUCUCCAGCGCGAAUCUGCUGGAGGCGAAGAUACGAAGUGGGAAUCCUUCGAUCCAGAGGCGCCAGUCGAGGGCUAUCACUUCGCGGACUAUGCAAAGGUGCAGAAGUCUGAGCUGGAAAUCUACAUCCGACAGCUGUGGCGCCGACAGGUUCCCCAAUUCCUCAUUGAUGCUCUCGGCCGUGGUAUCGGAGUCCAUCACGCCGGUAUGAACCGAAAGUACCGCCAGGUUGUCGAGAUCCUGUUCCGCAUGGGCUUCCUGCGUGUCAUCUUUGCCACCGGUACUCUCGCGCUCGGUAUCAACAUGCCAUGUAAGACUGUGGUCUUUUCUGGAGACUCGGUCUUCUUAACGGCGCUUAACUACAGGCAGUGUGCUGGUCGUGCCGGCCGUCGUGGAUUUGAUUUGCUCGGAAAUGUUGUUUUCCAGGGUGUUUCGAGGCAGAAGGUCUGCAGGCUCAUCAGCUCUAGACUUCCUGACUUGAACGGACAUUUCCCGCUGACCACGACAUUGGUACUCCGUCUGUUCACGCUGCUUAACGACUCGAACAGUUCGAAGUAUUCAGUUAGCGCCAUCAAUGCGCUGCUCUCCCAGCCACGUCUGUACAUGGGCGGACCGAGCUUCAAGGACCAGACGAUGCACCACCUGCGGUUCUCCAUCGAGUAUCUACGACGACAGCACUUACUUGGUGCCGAUGGAGCCCCAUUGAACUUCGCUGGGCUGGUCAGCCACCUCUACUACACAGAGAACUCGUCAUUCGCCUUCCACGCGCUGCUCAAGGAGGGUUUCUUCCACGAGACAUGCGCUCGCAUCAACACCAACGAGAAGGAUACACUCGAGACGCUGAUGCUGGUAAUGUCACACUUGUUCAAUCGCGCUUUGUGCAGACAGGCCGAUGCCGAGUACCGUGAAACUGUUGUCAAGCCAUCUUCGUCACUGGUAUUCCUCCCGCCGAUGCCCAAGGCAGCGUCAAAGAUUUUGCGCGACCACAAUAAGCAGACUCUGGAUGUUUACAAGGCCUACGUCGAGACUUUCGUGAACCAACAUAUCACUGGAGACGAUCGGAAGCUUCCUCUUUCCGGGAUACAGGCCGGCGCAGAUGGUUCGAACGUUGCCGGUGAUGUCAAUUCUCUGCCGGCGACUCGCAUUCGUUCAUCUUUUGUCGGCCUCUCUGGCCAUGGCGAUGACUUCAGUAACAUCCAUGACUUGUGUUCAAGUGUUCGGGAUGGUGUCUUCCUCGAAGAGGCAGUGGUUCCAUCAUUGCCGACCUCUGAAGAGAUGGAUGUGCCGUUGAACGCCUACCUACUUGACUUCUUCAAGCACGGUGAUGUGUUCACAAUCGAGCGUGCCAACGGCAUUCGUCGUGCUGACAUCUGGUUUCUGCUGAACGACUUCUCCAUGGUCCUCGCCACGAUCAUCACCAGUUUGCUCAACUUCAUGAAAUUGGCCGAUGGCACCGACAUGGACAUGCUCGAAGUCAUGGGUGGCAUGGAUGCGCACGAGGAAGCCGAGGACGACAAGGUGGCCGCUGUUGAGGCCGAGACACAAUCCGACAUCUCAGGCCCAAGCGCGGCGGACUCUGGCGUUGUACUGGCGGAGCGUAACGCCAAGACACCAGCCGCGCCUACCAAGAAGCAGGCGAAGAAUGCCGACAGCUGGGAGGAUCUUGCGGGCGAGGAGGAAGAUGCUGCGGCAGCCGAAACGAGGAAGAAGCUCGAUGAGGAGGCUGAGAUCCAGGCACAGGAGAUGGCUGCUUGGGAUGGGGACGGUAACGAGGGCCUGAAGACGGUGCUAAAGGCGUUCCAGAAGCUGCAGGCUGAGUUCAACUUCAAGUUCAGGGCCAUGUGGGCUUAA